CCUCUCCCCUGCAGCGCCUUGGGACCCCGGCAUCACAGAACCGCCCCCCCGGCAAAAAAAUUUCCCAUUCUCUCUGCAGCCGGGAGAGGCAUUGAGGACUUCAACUCCCAGCAGGCCCUGCAGCUCCGGUCUAUGAAGCUGCAGCAGAGCGAGCGCAGGGCCUGCCGGGAAUUGUAGUCUCGCAGCUCAACGGGAGCUGGGGCCCCCGGAGGUGGGAGGGGGGUGCCGGACCUCCCAAGGGUCUCCCCGAGUCGAGAAACUGGCCCCAGUAAGACAAGAUGUGAGUCCGGACUGAGCUUUUUCUCCCGGAUACGGCCCCAGAUCCGGCACCCCUCCCACCACCUGGCGCGUGGGGACGGGUCCGCAGCGUCUUGUCCGCCCUACAACCCCCAUGGGUUGCCGCCAGCCGCCGCCUCGGCCGCUACUCAGGACACCGCAGGGAUAAGCUCAGCAGGAAGUUGGAGAACGCGUGGGGUUCGCUCCCUGCUGGAUCUGCAGCAGCUGGCACAGGACCUGGCAUGUAGUUGGUGCUCAAUGAAUAUUCGUUGGCUGCAUGAAUGAUGAAUGGCUGCCCCCUUAUCCAUCCCUAAAUUCUGUCCCUCCAUCUGUGCAACCCUAACCUUUGUCUCCUUGUCUGUCUAUCCCUUUAUUUGUGCAUCCUUAAUCUCUUUGCCCCUUGACUGGCCUUCCCACCUUGUCCUUCUUGUCCACUUGUCCCUAUUCUCUGUCCUCUGUCCACUCAUGCCAGUUUCUAUCCCCCUGUUACUGUCUCCUUGCCUGGCCACUGACUUUCAGUCCUUUCGUCCAUCUGCCCCUAAUUUCUUUUCCCUUGUCCAUCCCUCCCUAAUUUCCAUCCCCUUCUCCAUCUACCCCCAAUCUCUGGCCCUUCACCUAUCCUUCCUGUCCUCUUUCUCUUUCUGCCCUUUAUCCACCUCCGCUCCCCAAUCCCGGUCCCUAUCUGCACCCUGGCCCGGCCCCUCCCAAGCACAGGACCUGCCAGCCACCAUGUCAGGAGACUACGAGGAUGACCUCUGCCGGCGGGCACUCAUCCUGGUCUCGGACCUCUGUGCACGGGUCCGAGAUGCUGACACCAGUGACAGGUGCCAGGAGUUCAACGACCUGCGAAUCCGAGGCUAUCCCCGGGGCCCAGAUGCAGACAUCUCCGUGAGCCUGCUGUCGGUCAUCGUGACAUUCUGUGGCAUUGUCCUUCUGGGCGUCUCCCUCUUCGUGUCCUGGAAGUUGUGCUGGGUGCCCUGGCGGGACAAGGGCGGCUCAGCAGUAGGCGGGGGCCCCCUGCGCAAAGACCUAGGCCCUGGGGUCGGGCUGGCAGGCCUGGUCGGCGGCGGUGGGCACCACCUGGGGGCUGGCCUAGGUGGCCAUCCUCUGCUGGGGGGCCCACACCACCACGCCCACACUGCCCACCAUCCGCCCUUCGCUGAGCUGCUGGAGUCCGGCAGCCUAGGGGGUUCUGACCUCCCUGAGCCGUCGUACUUGGACAUGGACUCAUAUCCAGAGGCCGCAGCAGCCGCAGUAGCCGCUGGGGUCAAACCAAGCCAGACAUCCCCCGAACUGCCCUCUGAGAGCGGAGCAGGCUCUGGGCUGCUUCUGCUGCCCCCCAGUGGUGGGGGCUUGCCCAGCGCCCAGUCGCAUCAGCAGGUCACAAGCCUGGCACCCACCACCAGGUACCCGGCCCUGCCUCGGCCCCUCACCCAGCAGACCCUGACCCCACAGCCGGACCCAGGCAGUGAGGAGCGGCCACCUGCCUUACCCUUACCCCUGCCAGGCGGGGAGGAAAAAGCCAAGCUCAUUGGGCAGAUUAAGCCGGAGCUGUACCAGGGGACUGGACCUGGCAGCCGGCGUGGCGGUGGGGCCCAGAGCUCUGGAGAUGCCGGCUCUGGGGCGCCCUGCGGCCGCAUCAGCUUUGCCCUGCGGUACCUCUACGGCUCCGACCAACUGGUGGUGCGGAUCCUGCAGGCCUUGGACCUUCCUGCCAAGGACUCCAACGGUUUCUCAGACCCCUAUGUCAAGAUCUACCUGCUGCCUGACCGCAAAAAGAAGUUUCAGACCAAGGUGCACAGAAAGACUCUGAACCCCGUGUUCAAUGAGACAUUUCAGUUCUCGGUGCCCCUGGCUGAGCUGGCACAGCGCAAACUGCACUUCAGCGUGUAUGACUUCGACCGCUUCUCGCGGCACGACCUCAUCGGCCAGGUGGUGCUGGACAACCUUCUGGAGCUGGCCGAGCAGCCCCCAGACCGCCCGCUGUGGAGGGACAUCGUGGAGGGUGGCUCGGAAAAGGCAGAUCUGGGGGAGCUCAACUUCUCACUCUGCUACCUCCCCACGGCCGGGCGCCUCACAGUGACCAUCAUCAAAGCCUCUAACCUCAAAGCGAUGGACCUCACCGGCUUCUCGGACCCCUACGUGAAGGCCUCUCUGAUCAGCGAGGGGCGGCGUCUGAAGAAACGGAAAACCUCCAUCAAGAAGAACACGCUGAACCCCACGUACAACGAGGCGCUGGUGUUCGACGUGGCCCCCGAGAGCGUGGAGAACGUGGGGCUCAGCAUCGCGGUGGUGGACUAUGACUGCAUCGGGCACAACGAGGUGAUAGGCGUGUGCCGCGUGGGCCCCGACGCCGCCGACCCGCACGGCCGCGAGCACUGGGCCGAGAUGCUGGCCAACCCCCGCAAGCCCGUGGAGCACUGGCAUCAGCUGGUGGAGGAAAAGACUUUGACCAGCUUCACUAAAGGCAGUAAAGGAUUGUCAGAGAAAGAGAACUCAGAGUGAGGGGUCUGGCCUAGGCUCAGGAUCGGACCAGGCCCCCUCAGGACCCCAUCUCUUCCUGCCCGGACUGUGAAUUCAUCUCCUCGAAGCCAUAACGUCCGAGCUGCGUGGUGCGGGGCAGCCCUGGGCUGCCCACCCUUCUACCCCCCAGGAGGCGUGAGGGUGGGAGGCAGGCGGGCUCAGCUCCCUGUGACUGGAUGGGGGGAAUUCAGCUGCCACUGUGUCUGUCUGCCCUUCCCUGGGGCUCCCCUUCCAGGCAAGGGGCUGUGCAUGUCUGGGGGAUCCCAGCCCCCCAAAACCCUCAGUCUGUCUGUUUGUCUGUUUCUUUGCUGUUAGUCCAAAACUUGGUGUCCUGACCCUUAUUUUCACCUGAAUGUCAGCAGAGUAAUCCUCCAUGUUCCCCCAGACAUGUACACACCCACGUCUACCCCUUCUGUUUGCCACACCCUGCGUCUGGCUGAUCCCCCCACCGCUGCUGCUAUCAAUGCCAGAAUAAACAUAUACUGUGGGUCUCACUCCAUCUGGGGCUCUUGUCCUCUCUGAGAUGGGGAAGCUGGGUUGGAACAUCCUGGAUCUGGGUUCAGAUGAAUGUUUCAUUCACUGACUAGGUGACCUUUGCAACUUAGCUGAUCUCUCUGAGCCUUAGUGUGUAAAUGUUACAUUGGCCAGGACCACUAUGAUUAUAGGGUACAACAUGCAACACAAAUUACUGUAAGCCACAAGCAGAUUGGAAAGACCUGUGUGCAUGUGAGUCUGAGCAUACAGAAGGACUUCAGGCAUAACUGGAUCCAGGUGCUCAAGUGACUAUGCUUUGCUCUUUAUUGGUUUUGUUCUUAGACAAGUCUCUGCAGUGGUAAUAACUUAGCCAUUUGGAGCUCCAGACUUAUUGCAUCAAACAUAACUCUAACAGAAAGAGCUGAAAUGAUAGAGAUGUCUUUUGCUCAGAUAACAAGUCUUUCAAAGACACCCAGUCCCAGGGUUCAUUUGGCUGUUCAAGAACAUCAGGCAUGGGGUUGGCAUCUCUGAGAUUUGUUUUGCCUUCCAUUCAUGAGUACAAACUGUCUGCAGGAGCACAUGCAUUAUGUUCUCACGCGGUGACAGCUAAAGCAGGAAAUGUAGACAAGGGCCACUCCUUAUGUGUUCAUCCUUUUUUCUCCCCCAAAGAGUUCUUCCUCACUUGCCAGAACUGGAUUCUAUGGCCACCCUGAGUUGCAAAGCAGUCUGGGAAAGUGAGCAUCUGUCAUUUUCUGGUCUCCACCGUGGGGUGUAGGCUUUGUCAGCCAGGAAGCACAGAGAGGGUGAAAGAUCUUUGGGUAGAAAAUUAACAGGACCUCCUGUAAUUGCAAGAAAUUAACAGGACCUGCUGUAAUUGCCCUCAGAGCAGAUGAUUUCAGAGGAAACAAAAUCGGGGUUCUUGCUUUCUCUCCCCCCCCUGUCUCCCCCCACUGUCUUCUGUGUCUCUGUCUUCCCUUUUCCCUUUUCCCAUCUCUGUCUUUCUCCCUUUGCCUCAGUAUCAGUCAGGAAAAGGAUUCUGAUUGGUCCUGUGCAGGCCUUGGAUGACCACCUCAGGCCAAUCGAGCAUCCAGUUGAUGAGCUUGCUGUUGGGCCCACCCCUGCCAUGACUGACUCCUCCUGCCCUGCCCACCUGCCUGCAUUGGCUCAGACCACCUCAGAACCUCAUCCCUUCUUGCCCAGUUGUGAAUGAAUCUCCUAAAGUUGAAGUAUUCUUUAGAAGAGAACAUAGGGGUCCUUUGAUUCACAGCCCCAACAGAAUCGCAUGGCAGUAGGCAGGGGAUCUACUUUCAAAGUAGAAGAUGUCCCCUACAUUCUGCCCUUGGCUCUUUGGUGUUAAUUCACACCCAUUUGCCCAUGUAUACUAUUUCGAAAUUAUUUUCUACCAUGAAAAGUGGUACAAGCACUGUAUUCAUUUGCUAGGGCUGCCAUGACAAAUUUCCAACUGCCUGACUGGAAACAGCAGAAACGUGUUCUCUCCUAGUUCUGGAGACCAGAAAUCUGGAGUUAAGGUUUCAGCAGGGUUGGUUCCUUCUGAGGCUGUGGGAGAGAACCUAUCCCACGACUCUCUCCAAGCUCCUGGUGGCUGCUCACAAUCCUUGGCAUUUGUUGGCUUGUAGAUGUGUCACUCCCUUCUCUGCCUCCAUCUUCACAUCGUCUUGUGCCUGCGUGUGUCUCUGUCGCAAAUCUCCCUCUCUCUUUCUCUUUUUAAAAGCACACGUAGCACUGAUUUAUUUUUCAUUGCAUUCUAACUAGGGAUACAUUUACUCUCUUUUCUCAAGGAGUGAGCAGCACCUUUCAGGCUCUAAUGAAUGUCAAGGUUAUAAAGAUACAAUACGAUUUGUAAAGUUCAGCUUAAAGAUACACAGGGCAACCUAUUAGCAUCCACAAGAAUCAUAGGAGACAGACCAUCAUGCCAAAGAAACGUACCCUUCAAUGUGGCACUCUACUGUCUUCUUGCACAUGGUGUUUUUUUGCAGUCUUUAAUGAUGUCACUGUCUUCAGCAAGACUUUAUCUGAUACACAAGGGAGAUCUGAAGUCAGACAGCCUAGAUUCAAAUUCCUCCUCGCCGUGUGUUAGCUCUGACUCUGGGUAAAGUAGAUCUCUGAUAGAGAAAAUGAUAAUGUGUACUUCAUAAGAGUGUUAUGCAAAGUAAAUGUAAGAAUGCACCUGAAACACUUCACAGAAUAGUUGGUAUAUAGUAACAUGACUCAAAUGUUAGCUAUUAAUAUUGAUAAGUAGUGAUGAUUGUGAUUGCAAAUGUUUAUGAUGUAUUACUAGACUAUAUUUGUGCAUUAGGAAUCUUCAUAAUCACUUUAAUAUUGACUGACCUAAUGUGGAGGGAACAAAAUGUUUCAGUGCAGAGAAAUGUAAACAGGAUAAUUUUAUCACCAGUUUGCUGUGAAUAAGCAUGAGGUGGUAACAGUAAUUUCUACAUGGCUUUUUCUUUCUUUCUUUCCUACCUUUCUCUUAUAAGGACACCUGUCAUUGGACUUAGGGACUAUCUAAAUCCACGAUGAUCUCAGCUAGAGAUCUUAAUUAUGUCUGUAAAGAUUCUUUUUCCAAAUAAGGUCACAUUUACAAGACAUGGACCUGUCUUUGGGGGACCACCAUUCAACCCAUUACAAUUAUCUUGAAAAGUGGUUUAUCAGUUCCUUAUAAAGCUGAACAUAAACUUAUCACGUGACUCAGCAGUUCCACUCCUAUGUAUUUACCUAUGAGAAACAAAAUCAUCCAUCCAUGUAAAUGGUCACAGCAGCCUUAUCCAUAAUAACCCCAAUUUGGAAAACUGGAAAUGAUCAAGAUGUCCAUCAAUAUGGGAAUGGAAGCAUAGUCAGCCAUGAAAAGAACUAUGUACUGAUAUGUGUAGCUCCAUGGAUAAAUCUCAGAAACAGUCUGUUUUGUGAAAGAAGAGAGUACAAAUCUCAGAAACAGUCUGUUUUGUGAAAGAAGAGAGUACAAAUUGUAGACAAGGGAACAAGAAUCUAUAGGGGCAGAAGUCAGAUCAGGGUUGCUUGAGGCCAAGGGAGUGGGGAUGGGGGACUGUUAACAGGCAUAAAGGGAGCUUUUGGGAUCAUGGAACUGCUGUUUCUUGAUUGUGGAGGUGGUCCACACUGCACACAUUUGUCAAAAUUCAUUGAACAGUACACUGAAAAUUGCUGCAUUUAAAAUUUUUUAAUUGUGGUAAAAUAUGUGUACCACAAAAUUUAUCUUAACUCUUCUUAACUGUACAGUUCAGUAGUGUUACUGUAGGUACUUCAUGUAAAUGAAAUCAUACAGUAUUGUCCUUGAGUUGAAACAUGUACCACAUUGAUGCAAGAUGUCAAUUAUAGGAAGAACUAGGGGUGGCAUAUUGGGGUGUGGAGCAUGAGUGUAGGGUUCCAUUACCUUAUGUCUUAGGGUAUAUGGGAACUCUGUACUUUUUGUUCAGUUUUUCCUGUAAACUUAAAACUGCUAAAAACAAAAUAAAACAA